GUUUGUCUGUUCUCUUUUCUUAGAUCCAGCUCUCUAGUCGGCGCGUCGGCCAGUGAUUGGACAGUAUGUUUUAUGUGUUUAGGGAUCAACGGAUUUUUCUUGCGGUCAUUCUGGUUGCAGUUUACUGUCUAGACGUUGGGAAAGCUCAAUGCGUACUAGAAGGUCGAGUGUAUCAACCGGGAGAUACAUGUACUACCACGCAUGUGUGCAAAUGUGCUGCGGAUCAGUUCGCUUGCCGACAAGUCAAAGACUGCAAUAGCUCAACAACACCAACAACACCUAGGCUUGUGCAACAGCCAAUCGAAAAUUGUCAAGAACCAAUUAUUACCAUCACCACAGUCGUGUACACAAUAGGAAGAGCUAGCGGUGACGUCAGGUUGAUAUGCGAGGCUCAAGGGUUUCCAAGACCAAAGAUCACUUGGACACCAUUACGAGACCCUCGCAGAUUCACAACCAAAGGCAAUGGAAUACUCAUCAUCAAAAUGUUCGUUUCAGGAGACAGCAGAACUUACACUUGUACAGCUGUAAAUCAAUGUGGCAACGACACAGUCAAAACAAGACUUAAAAUUAAAGUUGAAGAAGAACUAGAAGAACUAUCUGAGCCAGUUGUUCCUCAAUGUGUGUUUUGUCCCUCAUUUCAAAGUUUUCCUAAUGGUGGAGUGGACUAUAGCAAUGAAAAGAAGUCAGUUGGUACACAUGCUGAGUUUUAUUGUAAUCAGGAAUAUGAACUGACUGGUCCACCUAUUGCUGUCUGUCUUGCUAACGGAGAAUGGAACGUAACAACACCAGAGUGUCUGCCUUUGCAGAUAUGUCCUCAACCUAGGCAUCCAAAGAAUGGAAAAGUGAUAUACCGACGGCCUGUUUUUAAGCCUGGCGAUAAAGUGCUUUAUGCGUGCGAUAAGCGAUACAGCAACACUGGGGCUUCUUUUCAAACUUGCAAAGAGAACUUCAAAUGGUCUGAGAAGGAACCGAAAUGUCGCCGGAAGAUAGGUCGUCUACCAAAUUGUGGUGACCCGGGAGAUAUUGAAAACGGAUUCAGGCGUGGAAAGAGUUAUGCUGUAGGUUCAAUUGUCUACUAUUAUUGUAACCAAGGAUAUUAUAUCUCUGGAAUAUCCUCUAUUAUUUGUGGAAGGAAUGGAUUGUGGUUAAAUUUACCACCAACAUGUGGAAGUAAGUUGUUGCUGUGCAUGAAUCGAUGUUGAGUAUACAAGCAAUUGAUAUGAACGACACCUGAUUGUUCUUGUACACCGAGAUGUAUGUGUUGACGUGUGCGUGAAAACGCACGUCGACGCUUGCUCGCGUUGCCUUGUAAUGCUAACAGCUGAAAGGGCAAUCGCAUUAACAGUAAUAUCGUCUGACGGUGUGUCGUUCAGUAACAUCGUCUGCAACGUGUAGAGCUAAGCACACACUAUUUCAACAUAGCACUAACAACUUAAUUGAUUGCUCUUAGUUGAAUUCGAGCCUUUAGAACAUAUUGUAAGGAAGUUUAGGAAGGCAACGAAUCUAGACGGCGACGAUGGUUUGUCUGCGGACUCAUUGGGUUCGGGUCAGAUAUCCGUACCCAACUCAUACGUGCAGCUCGGCUUCGUUUUAGACAAGUCUGGCUCGGUGAGCAACACCGACUUUCGGUUGGGUCUCGAGUUUAUCAAAGGGACUGUCGAGUCGUUUGAAAGCAAGUACAGCAUAGUGAUCGUUACCAUUAUCACGUACAGCAAACAUGCCGAAGUGGAAGCGAACGGUAUCAAUGGAUCAGAAGUCUUUCAAGUCGUGAAAAGCGUGAGACGCAAAGUAUACGGACCGACGGCUACUCGACGUGGACUAGACAUGGCAAGAGAUACUCUACUCUACAACAAGGAUUGCUUUGAAUGCAUUCCACCAACAGAAAGGCCACCAGGCAAGGACUAUUACACAUACCCUUGUCCUAAGUGUAUCAAAACCGGCUAUCGCACUCUUCUCUUUCUGAUAACUAACGGUAAAUCCAAUUGGGGUGGAGAUCCUCGUAAAGCUGCUAAGUGUCUGAAGGAUAACGACGUUGAGAUAUUUUCUGUCGGUAUCACGUCUUCUGUCAACAUACCAGAGUUGAGGGAUAUCACUUCCAAGCCUCUGUCCGACCAUCUCUUUUUAAUUCGAUCGUUUGACGACGCUUUGAAGAUGAUCAAGAUGGAGAAGGAGAGAUUCAAGUGACGAGACGCGACUGUUUGUUGAUGUAGUAGUGACCUGAAAUGGCUGAGACGGCUUAGCGUGCUUCAAUUGUCUGUAGUGCUUUCAUAGUUUGUGUGAUCGUCUCAAAAACGACUGGCUUCUUGUUCAAUAGAGAAGCUCGUAUGCAUUAUGACAAACCGUGUGUUAGUUUUGUGACGCCUUUACAAGUAAAUCGACAGUAGGAGAGUGUGCAUUAGA